GCUCACAGCAGGAGCUUAGGUGAUCCUACUGGAGUUGAUCCUGACCCUCCUGGUUCCUCCCUCGUCUCUCUUCUCUUCCUCCUUCCAGAUGCGGGCCGGAGGAUGACGGCGUCACCGGCAGAAGGGAUGGCUCCCGGGCUAGGGUCCACGGCUCCACCCAGCCCCCCUCUGCCUCGCCGCCCCAGGCCCUCUUCUCCCUGGACUCGGCUCAGCCACCCUUUCUUCACCCGGCCCCCGGGACCCCGGGUGAUGGUCAGAGCUGCUGUGAGGCGGGUCAUCUCGCCGGUCCCCCAGGAGAGGAGCGUGGAGGCCCCUGGCAUGCGAGGGGUGGCCUUCUUGGAUGCUGAGAGGCCUGAGGACAUCACCUGGGUGGCAGUGACACCAUCUGUCCUCUUUGGUGUCCGAGAGGGGACCUUGGCAGUCCCGGGACCUGGGAGCCUCAGCCAUGCUGCUGCUGCUGCUGCUGGCAGCAGGAAGGAGGAUCUGGAUUCCCACCUCUGGACAAUGGAGGAGUUUUCCCAGUCAGUCCCUGAAGAUCUGGCCUCUCCCAGCCCCGCCCCGGCCCUCCGGCUCCCGUCCUUGCCGGAACGACUGCCACCCCGGCUGGACCACCGGCCCCCGACGCCCUCUGGCAAUGGCACCAGCCAAGCAGUGACUCUGGGCCUUCUGACUGUGGCUGCCCAGACCACCCCCUGGACCCCGGGUGGGCCCUACACCAGCCCACCUGCCGCGGAGCACCUCGGGGCCCAGAGGGGCUCGGCAGGAGAGGGCCGGAGCGGGCUGCCCCUGCCCGGCCAGGGCACCGGGCCCACAGACUCGUCACCGACCGGUCCGACAGAGCUGAGCUCGCUGGCCAUGGGCUCCGGGCGUGGGUUAAGCUGGCCUUCUCCCAGGGCGGCCCUCCCCCCGGGGCCGGCCAUCUUGACCACCGGCGAGCCCUAUCCUGGGACAGCGAGGCAGUGGCUGCUCAAGCGGAUGGACCCGCGUCGGCACCGCCCGUCCAGCGUCCCGAGGACGCUGGGAGCCCUGGGCAGGGUGCCAGAGGGCAGGGCCCCUGGGGUGGCAGCAGCUCCUGGGACGUGCUGCCCAGCGGAAGCGUGGGGGAAGCCAGGACAGGGCCAGAGGAGCUCCGUCAUGCCAGGAGUGUGGAUCUCUUCUCCCACAAACUCCCUGCUCGGCGACACCUUCACCGGACCCCCAGCCGCGAGCCGGGAGGCUCCAGGAUCUCCCACUCCGCCCCUCUCCAGAGCUCCCGACCUCCGGGAUGCCCUCGGGCCCGGAAGACGCCACGCAACUCCCAAGCCUUCCCGGCCCAGUAGGACCAGCUGGGCCUGGGGAAUCCCAGGGGCACCCCACACCAGAGCGAACCCCAGGUGGACCCUCCAAGCCUCCCCCGGGACCCCCACAUCCUCUGUCCUCCCUUUGACGCCAUCCUUGGGCUCUCCUCAGGCCUACCCAGAGCCCCCAGCCUCCCGGGCCACCCAAUGGGCGUGGCUCCUCAGGACGACGGCCCGCACCCCGGCUCCGCUGGAGAGUCAUCACCCAGAGCCAGGCCCCCUCACCUCUACCCCGGGCCUGGGCUUCUUCCCCACCCACAACCCUGCUGGUCCAUCUCCGGUGGGCACUGACUCCUGGACGAAUCUCUGGCCCUCCACCGUGGGGAUUGGAGACCCCACCUCUGCGACUCCCGACCGCAGAACCUCCACCCCUGCUACAUCCUGGGCCUCGGCUGCAGCCUCCUCUCCAAGCUCCGGCUCGCCCUUUACCUCACUCCCAGGACCUGAAAUCCCCAAAUCUGGGAUGGCCAGGCAGCGGCCCCAAGGGGGUCCGGUGACCGUCUCCAUGACGGCCCAUUUUACAGAGGGAGCUGAUGCUGCUGCGCUUGUGUCUUCCCGGCCCUGCGCCUCCCUCAACAGCCUCUUUACCUCACCCUCAGGACCUGGAAGCCCCUCUUCUGGGGUGAUCAAGGAGGGGCCCCAAGGAGGUCUGGUGGCUCCCUCCGUGUUGGCCCCUUCAAUGGAGGGCGUUGAUAUGGCUGUGGUCAUAUCUCCACGACCCCGGGUCCCCCCCAGCUCACCCUUUAUCUCAUUCUCAGGACCUGGAAACACCCCUUUUGGGGUGGCUGUUGAGGAGCCCCCAGAGGGUCUGGAGGCCACCUCUGUGAGGGCCUCGGGGAAGAAAGGAACCGAUAUUUCUGUGGUUAUGUCUCCCCGGUCCUGGGCGCCCCCUGCACUCAGUCCUCACCCUCCCUCUGUGACCAGCCUGAGUCCAGAGGCCCCUGCCCACCCCGUUGCUCCCUCAGUGAUCCUGAGGGUCCCGGGGGUAAGAGGAACGCAAGGGAUCCUGGCCCUUCCAGAGGAGGAGGGGGGCUCUGUCCCACCCUCUUUUCUGCAGUUCUUCUCCACUGCCCCGCCAGUGCCUUCCCUCACCACAAGUUCCCCGGCAGGAGCUGCCGAGGGCUGGACAUUGCCCGGUGCUCCGUCUGCCUCAACCUCCGCUGCCUGGCCACUGUCUUCCCUGACCACAAGCUCCCAGGGACAAACUGCUGAGGACAGGACAUUACCUGGUGCUCUACCUGCCUUAGCUUCUGCUGCCUGGCCAGCUUCUUUCCUGAUCUCAAGCCCCCGAGCAGGAGGUGCUGAAGGCUGGACAUCGCCCAGUUCUCUGCCUGGCUCAGCCUCUGCCGCCUGGCCAGCGGCCUCCCUGACCACAGGACCCCAGGCAGGAGCUGCUGAGGGCUGGACAUUGGCCAGUAUUCUGCCUGCCUCAGCCUCUGCCACCCAGCCAGCGCCCUUUCUGACCAAACGUCCCCAGGCAGGAGCUGCUGAGGGCUGGACAUUGGCUUCGCUGCCUGGCUCAGCUUCUGCUGCCUGGCCAGUGUCUUCCCUGACCCCAAGUCCCCGAGCAGGAGCUGCUGGGGCCUGGACGUUGCCCGCUACUUUACGUGCCUCAGCCUCCGCUGCCCAGCCAGUGCCCUCCCUGACCCUAAGCCCCCAGGGAAAAACUGCUGAGAGCUCGACAUUGCCCAGUGCUCCACCUGCCUCAACCUCUGCCACCCAGCCAGUGCCCUUUCUGACCAAGAGCCCCCGGGCAGGAGUUGCCGAGGGCUGGACAUUGCCCAGUUCUCGGCUUUCCUCGGCUUCUGCCCCGCAUCCAGCGCUUUCUCUGUCCACAAGCCCCCAGGUGGGAGCUGCUGAGGACUGGACAUGGCCCAGUUCUCUGCCUGCCUCAGCCUCUGCCACCCAGCCAGUGCCCUCCAUGACCAUAAGCCCCUGGGAGGGAGCUGCUGAGGACUUGACAUUGCCCAGUUCUCUGCCAGCCUCGGCCUCUGCCACCUGGCCAGUGCCUUCCCUGACCCAGGCGGGAGCUGCCGAGGGUUGGAUAUUGCCCAGUGCUCUAUCUGCCUCUGCUUCUGCUGCCCGGCCAGUGCCCUCUGUGACCGCAAGCUCCCGGGAACGAGUUGCUGAGAGUUGGACGUUGCCCAGUUCUCUGGCCUCUUCAACCUCUGUCCCCAGUGCACCGUUUUCCCUAACCACAAGCCCCCAGUCAGAAGCUGCUACGGGCUGGACAUUGCCUGGUUCUCUGCCUCCUUCGACCUCUGCCCCUCAUCCGGAGCUUUCCCUGACCGCAAGCCCCCGGGAAGGAGCUGCUGAGGACCGGACAUUGCCCGUUUCUCUGCCCGGCUCAGCCUCUGCCACUCAGCCAGCGCCCUCUCUGACCACAAGCCCCAGGGAAGGAGUUGGUGAGGGCCGGACAUUGCCUGGUGCUCUGCCUGCCUCAGCCUCUGCCACCCGGCCAGCGCCAUCCCUGACCACAAGCCCCAGGGCAGGAGCCGUCGAGAGCUGGACACCCCACAUUGCCCUUCCUGCCUCGGCCUCAGCCUCCCCCGGGAGAGACCCUGCUCCCCGGGCAGCUGGGAGGAGGGAGGGACAGGACCGGGCAGCCCCUCGAUGGCGGUUGCGAGGAGGGGAGCGUGGAGGCGGCACUCAGGGGUCCCCACCUCAGGGCUUUGAACACCCCUCUGAGACUCCACCUCAGAGAGGCCAACUGGAUCCAACAGACUGGCACCCUGGGGGCACUGUUGGGGGUCCAGAGGAAAUCACGCCCAGAACGAACACCGUGACCCCCAGCCCCCCGGAAGCCACUCCACCUCCAAGAACCCCACGUGCCCCCGGGGUCUCUGGGCCCAUGCCCUCCAGUGGAGCACCCACCUCUGGGAGAGAUCGCUUCUUCAUCGUGGGGAACCGCGUGCCUGAGGUGAGAGCACCAUCACUCCACAUUCCCUGCCUUUUGGUGCUGGAAAUGAACUUUGUCCCUGGCUUCUGGGACCACCGCUCAUGCGAGUACCAGGACCUGCUUAGGAGCUUCAAUGAGACGGUUUUGCCCUUCUUCUCUUCCUCUGUCCCGGGCUUCCAGCACCUGGAGGUACGGAGAGUCCGGCCGGGCAGCGUGGUGAUCCAGUACGACGUGGUGAUCAGUGGGGAGUUGGCCGUGGCUCGGCCCUGGGGCCCGGACUUGCAGUUGGACGUCGCGACGAUGGAUCGACUCUUCCGCUCCGGCCCGCUCAGCUCCCCAGUGCUGCGGAGCCAGAUACCCGAGAGCCCGCUGGACCUGUGUUCUUUGCUCUUCUCCUGCCCCGCUGGCUUUGAGUGUGCCCUCAGCCAGGGUGGCAAUGCCAGCUGCACCUCACUGUGCCACCGGGACUUCUGCCGGAACCAGGGCAUCUGCACCCAUCUGCAGGGCCAGGGGCCCCUGUGCCAGUGCCCCAUUGGCAGCGACUUCUGGUUCAUGGGGCAGAGGUGUGAUUACCGGGUGACCCGGUGGGGUCUGCUGGGCCUGGUGGCCGGCAUCCUGCUGGCCGUGGGGCUCGUCGCUGCCCUGGCGGCUUACGCUGUGGUCCGCAGAUUCAAGGCCACGCUGGUGGAGGCCAGAGUCAACCAGACCAGGAGCAGCUAUCGCCGCUUCUGCCGCUUCGACGACACGUCCGGCCGGGACUGGGGCCAGUCCUGGUUGGGGUCGGCCAGCUCCUUGGACAACCUGGCCUACAGUCACUCGGAGGAGCAGCUGCACUUGCGGAUGUUGGACUACAGCUGCUGCAGCUGUGGCGACGCAGCCACCAUCCCCGCGACCCCAUGCGUACUGAGGGCCGAGCCCCAGCUGGGGACCACCAAACUGCCCAGUUUCUACUCCGAGUGCAACACAAGUUCAAGUAGCAUCAAUGAUCAUGGGGUGGAUUCUGGAAAAGCCAGCGAUAUCUCUGGGUCAAGUUGGCCCAUGGAUCCACCCUUCCCACUUCUACGCCACCUGAACAUGGAGCACCCGCCUCGCCCUCCGAAACCUCACUCAGUCUGUGGGGAGGGGGGACCAGCCACUCUUGAAAGAAGCUGGACAGCUUAAGCCUACAGCCGCGACUGAAGAUCUAAAACAGAACGAGACAAACCACGCCGUCUUUCAGCUUUUAAAAACCAACCACAUUUUAUUUUCACAUAAGCUCGGUGAAGAAACUCAUACACUUUAACAAUACAAUGCAGUUAUGAAAAAUUCAUCUCAAAGCCCCAAAGGUCAAUCACUUUAAUCUUCAAAUAUUUCUAGACCAGAUUCUUUUGAAGCCAGCUUUGGUUUCAGAAAGCCAGUAUGGAAGUCAUUACAGAUCAAACGGGUUGAGCAGCAACGAUUGCAUUGAAUUGUCCAAUGAUCUUUCAACUUACACCUGGCAAGUCAAACGUAAAGCAUAAGCUUGAAGUCAUACAUCGAAGUCUGUACACUCGGGCUGCCCGCCAGCCACCGCGGAAAGGAAAAGCCAAGUUAAGAAGCGCUGCUGCAUUGUUCAUUGUUUCAUAUAUAACUGAGGUAUAAUAAUUUAACACCAGUACACUUAAAAAUCAUUAAAAGUUUGUUUUCCCAAAACGCUCUCCUUAGUUGCAAGAGUCCCGUUAAGGAUCAAGCCUGGCACAGAUGGUGGAGUUGGGGGGAGGGGA